GAAUCCGGGUGGGUGCGCGCAGGCGGCCGCACAGGUUCCAGGUCUUUAACGUGAGCCCGCUGCAGGUGUGCGGCCCAGUCCGAGACAGCAGAUGAGGAGACUGUCCUUCCUGUUUCGCAGAUGAGGAAACUGAGGCUUAAAGAAGUUUGGCAAAUUGGCUAAGUUCCUACAGCUAUUUCUAUGGAGAACUGCUGAGCCUUCUGGAGCAACAGAAAGUGUUGAGUCAAACCUGUUUCCUUCACUCCCUCACUGCCGCACCUUCCAGAGAAGUAAAAAAAGUCUCCCUACCAACUGACUGAUGAUUACAAUUUUUUUUAAACUGAGAAGCAGAAGUUUUCCUUCAACUGUUAGGUGAUCAAAGGUUUAAAAUACAAAAUACUUUGAAGAAGAUCCAUUAACUAAAAAAUUCAUUCAUUAAUCAGCAGUUAGAGAUUGUGGGAUUAGUGAUAUGCUUUUCUAAAGAGUAGAAAAGUCGAAGAUGUCUAGACAGAACUUAGUGGCUUUGACAGUGACUACCCUUCUGGGUGUGGCUGUAGGGGGGUUUGUCCUCUGGAAAGGCAUCCAGCGCCGCCGAAGGAGUAAAACGAGUCCUGUGACCCAACAGCCACAGCAGAAAGUGCUGGGCAGUAGAGAGCUGCCCCCUCCAGAAGAUGAUCAGCUGCACUCCAGUGCCCCCAGAUCCUCGUGGGAGGAACGGAUCCUUAAAGCAAAGGUGGUGACAGUGUCUCAGGAGGCAGAGUGGGAUCAAAUCGAGCCCUUGCUUAGAAGUGAAUUAGAAGAUUUUCCAGUACUUGGAAUUGACUGUGAGUGGGUAAAUUUGGAAGGCAAAGCCAGCCCUCUGUCACUUCUACAAAUGGCCUCCCCAAGUGGCCUGUGUGUCUUGGUUCGCCUGCCCAAGCUAAUCUGUGGAGGAAAAACACUACCAAGAACGUUAUUGGAUAUUUUGGCAGAUGGCACCAUUUUGAAAGUUGGAGUGGGAUGCUCAGAAGAUGCCAGCAAGCUUCUGCAGGAUUAUGGCCUCGUUGUUAGGGGGUGCCUGGACCUCCGAUACCUAGCCAUGCGGCAGAGAAACAAUUUGCUCUGUAAUGGGCUUAGCCUGAAAUCCCUCGCUGAGACUGUUUUGAACUUUCCCCUUGACAAGUCCCUUCUACUUCGUUGCAGCAACUGGGAUGCUGAGACUCUCACAGAGGACCAGGUAAUUUAUGCUGCCAGGGAUGCCCAGAUUUCAGUGGCUCUCUUUCUUCAUCUUCUUGGAUACCCUUUCUCUAGGAACUCACCUGGAGAAAAAAACGAUGACCACAGUAGCUGGAGAAAAGUCUUGGAAAAAUGCCAGGGUGUGGUCGACAUCCCAUUUCGAAGCAAAGGAAUGAGCAGAUUGGGAGAAGAGGUUAAUGGGGAAGCAACAGAAUCUCAGCAGAAGCCAAGAAAUAAGAAGUCUAAGAUGGAUGGGAUGGUGCCAGGCAACCACCAAGGGAGAGACCCCAGAAAACAUAAAAGAAAGCCCCUGGGGGUGGGCUAUUCUGCCAGAAAAUCACCUCUUUAUGAUAACUGCUUUCUCCAUGCUCCUGAUGGACAGCCCCUCUGCACUUGUGAUAGAAGAAAAGCUCAGUGGUACCUGGACAAAGGCAUUGGUGAGCUGGUGAGUGAAGAGCCCUUUGUGGUGAAGCUACGGUUUGAACCUGCAGGAAGGCCCGAAUCUCCUGGAGACUAUUACUUGAUGGUUAAAGAGAACCUGUGUGUAGUGUGUGGCAAGAGAGACUCCUACAUUCGGAAGAACGUGAUUCCACAUGAGUACCGGAAGCACUUCCCCAUCGAGAUGAAGGACCACAACUCCCACGAUGUGCUGCUGCUCUGCACCUCCUGCCAUGCCAUUUCCAACUACUAUGACAACCAUCUGAAGCAGCAGCUGGCCAAGGAGUUCCAGGCCCCCAUCGGCUCUGAGGAGGGCUUGCGCCUGCUGGAAGAUCCUGAGCGCCGGCAGGUGCGUUCUGGGGCCAGGGCCCUGCUCAACGCGGAGAGCCUGCCUGCUCAUCGAAAGGAGGAGCUGCUGCAAGCACUCAGAGAGUUUUAUAACACAGACGUGGUCACAGAGGAGAUGCUUCAAGAGGCUGCCAGCCUGGAGACCAGAAUCUCCAAUGAAAACUAUGUUCCUCACGGGCUGAAGGUGGUGCAGUGUCACAGCCAGGGUGGCCUGCGCUCCCUCAUGCAGCUGGAGAGCCGCUGGCGUCAGCACUUCCUGGACUCCAUGCAGCCCAAGCACCUGCCCCAGCAGUGGUCAGUGGACCACAACCAUCAGAAGCUGCUCCGGAAAUUCGGGGAAGAUCUUCCCAUCCAGCUGUCGUGAUAGCUGCUUUCCUCCCAGUUAGGACAGGUGGGAAGCUGGAGCCAAGGUUGAAGAGUCACCUCUUCCCAUUUUAGUACAUCAUUAAUUGUCAAAGCCUGUGUGACACAACUCAGAAUACUAACCUAGACUAAUCCCAGGAUGCUUCUGCUGGAGCAAAGAUAUUGUUUGAAGGAGAGUUUAUGGUUUUGGAUUUUAAACGGGCAGGGUCUUUUUUCCUCUCAUUUUUGUGGACAAGAGAGGCCUUCGCCUUUAUUUUUACUCUCCCUCUUCUGCUGUCCCUGUGCAGAGGAAAAAUGAAGAAUUCUCCCAGAAGUGACUUGUCAAGACUUAAAAAAAAUGUUUUUAAUGCAUUUCUUCCUUGUCUAAUGCCUCAGUUUAUCUCUAACAGGGGCUGUCCAGUAUAUCGGUCCUGUUAGGAGCGGAGAAAAAGUUCUUCCAAAGGCUGGAGAAGUGAACAAGGAGUCAAAUUUAUUUUCCCAAUUCAACUUCAUAAUUAUCAUUUCUUUGGCUUCAUGCUCUCCCGUAACUCAUGUGGUUGGGAUCCAUCCCAUCUGGGUCACUUCAGUCUACUUCACAUACUUGAAAAGGCUUUCCUUUACACUUCCAGGACCAAACAGCAACUUCCUGCCACACACUUCCACCCUAUCACUGGGAGAAAUCCUUGUCUGGACAUGAGCCUUUGACCUGGGUGGGGCAGAAAGAACCACAAACUCCAUCUCCCAAUAGAACUUUGAAAUUCACUCAGCUUUUCCUUUCAUGCUGUUUGUUGCCUGCUUGUUGCACUCCUCCUGCCCCAGAACUGCAAGAUUUUUAGCUUCACCCCUUUCUGAGAGUAAUGUUAUCUUUUAUCAGAAUCAGUAUCAGUUCCCCUGUAUUCUGUGCUUCAUCAAAUUUGCAAGACUGACCUCUUUUAAGCAUUUAAUUCACUCCCAGAGUCAUCUGGUCAGGUUGCAAUAUGAGGACUUCUCUGUCUCCUCUGAAGCCUGGGACACCGAGCUUACUUAAUACAUUAGAUGUUCAAAAGAGGAGUGUUGUUUCAUCUUUCAAAAUGUUAGGCCAUCACUUUGAGUAUAAAAUCGACUUAUUAAUGAUUAGUAAUUUUUCUAAAGUAUUGGGGAAACUUUCUUAUUUUAUAAGAUCUUAACAAGCUUAAAAAAGAAUUCUAUGACCAGAAUCCAACAAGAGCUCUAUUUUGGAAUUGUGCCCAAGUUGGUGAUGUUUACUCUAAAAUUAAUAAUAAAACUACUUGUAAGCACAA